AUGUCGACCUCGAACGACAAGCAGGGCGAAAACAGCCUCAGUCAUUCAACGAGCGACCUUGACAGAACAGUGACGAUGACCUCCGAAGAGUUCUCCCCAGAAGAGCAAAAGAGAAUCAUGAGACGGGUUGAUAUUAGAGUCGUAGCUACUGUCGGGCUUUUGUACUGCUUUUCCGUUAUCGAUCGUUCAAAUCUACCCUCUGCUGCUGUCGCUGGAAUGACAGAGGAUUUGAAGCUCACUGGUAACAGAUAUUCAAUCGUGAGCCUUGUCUUUUUCACAACGUACACCACAUUUCAGCCAUUAUCGAUUGUUCUUGCCCGAACCAUUGGGCCGAGAGCCUACUUCACGGGAAUCACAAUGCUUUGUGGAGGUAUAGUCAUUGCUAUGGGCUUUCUCAACCAUUGGGGUCAGUUGGUCGCGCUGAGAGUCAUACUGGGUGCACUGGAUUCCGGGUUCUUCCCCACAUGUGUUUACCUUCUCAGUACUUGGUACACCCGCUAUGAAGUUGGCAAAAGAUAUUCGGCCUUUUACAUAGUGGUGUGCCUCGCCACUGCAUUUUCCGGGAUUUUGGCCUUCGGACUUACGCAACUAGGCGGGAAGGGUGGCCUCACUGGCUGGUCUUGGAUCUUCCUGAUGGAAGGUGUCAUCACUUGCAUUCUUGGCGUUCUAGGUUAUUUUCUUCUGGUUGGAUUUCCCGAUGCUCAGAAAAAAACAUGGGCGUUUCUCUCUCAAAAGGAAACGGCGUGGGUCGUUUCGCGUGUUCAGGCAGAUCGAGGUGAUGCGAAGUUACCGGCUUUCAGUGUCAAGAAGUUCAUCCGGGGUGGUGCCGACGUCAAGGUCUGGGCUAUGGCUUUGAUAUACUUCAACCAAGCGGUUGUUAACUUUGGCUUAUCUUUCUUCCUCCCAAUCAUUCUCAAAGAGAACAUGGGUUUCAGCACAGGCAAAGCCCAGAUUUUGAUUGCUCCGCCCUAUCUCUUUGCAGCAAUUAUUAUGUACAUUUCCGGCUGGCUUGGAGAUUACUACAUGAUGCGAGGCCCUAUCAUUAUUGGUGACAUGGUUGUCGCUAUUGUUGGCACCGUGUUGAUUGGUUUUCAUGGCGACGUGGCUGUGCGCUACGUUGGAGUUUUUCUCAUCACUGCUGGGUCAUUUUCGUCCAUACCAGUAGUAAUGGCAUACCAAGCAAAUAACAUUCGCGGGCAGUGGAAGCGAGCUUUCUCAAGUGGCUUGACUGUCGCUUUUGGUGGUAUUGGAGGAAUUGCGGGCUCGAUGGUUUUCAGAAGCCAAGACAAGCCACGAUACCUUCCGGGUCUUAGCACUUGCUUAGGAUGCGCAGUUUUGAACAUUAUUGUAGUUCUUGCCCUAAGUGCGUACUUCUACUACUGGAAUUGCCGGGCCGACCGUGGUGAGGUUGAGUUGGAAGCCUCGGAAGAGACCGAUGCUUCUGAUUUCCGAUACACCUUUUAA